AUGAUAGUUUUUGACAAAACACACUGUAAUUCCUUUGAAAACACAGAAAUGUGGAUGCAUGAAGUUGAUCGCUACGCAAAUAAAAACGCAAUCAAGGUGCUGAUUGGAAACAAAUCAGAUAUGGACAAUCGUGAUCAAGUUACUAGAGAAGAAGCUGAACACAAAGCCAAGAGCUAUGGAAUCCCAUACAUUGAAACAAGUGCAAAGAACGCGUACCAAGUCGAUUUAGCAUUCGAGACGAUCACUAGAGAAUUAAUAAAGCAAAGAAAAGCGCUUGGAGCUCCUCUCGUUUCUAAGCCUGCUCCGAAAAUCAGUUUGACAACAGAAAAUAUAAAUGCUAUAAGCCAUAACUGCUGCUCAUAA